CAGAUGUUGCAAGACAUUUCAGUGUUAUGAGGGGAAAAAGGAAGUGCAGCAGUUACUACAAACACACAUAAACAGCUCAAGAUACAGGAAGAGAAACGUACACAAUGGUCGCAUACAUAAAAGUAUUCUACAUUUCAAUUGGGUUUUGGCUCUUUUUAGGUGUUGAAUGCUACAGUGGUGGGUCAUAUCAUGUUUUAACUAUUAAGACUGGAGGAUCUGUCACCAUCCCAUGUCAUUAUAAUGAGACAAACCCACCGCAGAAGAAAUACUGGUACUCAGACAUCGAUAAAUCUAAAAUAUACACAAACACAUCAGAGGAGAAUCCGUCAGUAAUUGAUCAUCCUGAUCAGAGUCUCUUUACUGUGACUAUGAGAAACCUGCAGAACAAUCACACUGGAGAUUAUUCUUGUGUUGUGGAGACUGACGGACUGUCGACUAUUACAUACGAUCUUCAUCUUAGGGUUCAGUCUGCUCCUGAUGUGUCUGUGGUGAGCAGCAGUGUAUCUGGACAUGAAGGUGGUAAUGUCAGUGUCCAGUGUUCCUACAGUUCUAGAUAUCAGAAUCAUCCCAAACAGUGGUGCAGAUAUAAAGAUCAGAGAUGUUACACAGUGGGGAGGACUGACACAUCCCAGAAUUCAUCAGUCCAGAUCAGUGAUGAUGGGAGAAGCUCCUUCACUGUGCUGAUGACUGGACUGAGACUCAGUGAUUCUGGAUGGUUCUUCUGCUCUGCUAGAGAGGCAAUGAAUCCUGUUCAACUCACUGUUGAGGCAGAACCAGUGAGUGUGACCGGCACUGAGAAAUGGCGUUUCUGUCUGUCACAGAACUAGAGAUUUCUCCACAUCGACCAGAAAGAUCAGAUGAUUAUAAACUGCUGAUUCUGCUUUUUGAUGUAUUAGAUGUCUACAUUUGCUAAAUGCCUAAAUGUCUGAAAUGUAUUUUUUUCACACGUUUUCUUCAAAUGUGUUAUUUUUUUCUUUUAUCAAAAGUGACUAACAAAUGAGGAAUAUACCAAAUAAAACUUCAUUUUAAAAAAAA